GGCAAUCUAUCGCUCACCGCGAGUGAGCAUGCCUGCCGAAGUCUCCAGAUGUUGGAGGGAAAAAAGAUAGAAUCUUACUAUAUAUGGAAGAUAGUUUGUGUUAUGGAGCCCGAAAAAGGUACCAGCAUUAUAAAUAUAAUAUAAGUGCUGGACAAAAGGCACUGUGAAUACGGAAAGGUGAAAGUGUUUUGAACACCCGUCCUAGACAUGUCCUAGAUUUCCUGUGGGAUGUCAGCCUUGGGAGUCAUAAUCACUCCAAGACGCUGUCCGAUAGUUUCGACGCGGGCACUCUUCCCCGGUCCUUUUGUGAGCCUUGUGUGAUUGAAUGCUUCAUUAGCGCCACCCAAAGCCGAAUGGCAAUCGGCUUCCCCGUUCAUACAAUAAGAAAAACUCCCAGAUGACUUCCAGUUCUUCAUAUUCCUUUUAUCCUGCCAUUUUUAGAUUGCUGUGAAAUUGCCGCAAUUUUCCUGGGAAAUUAGGAGUUAGUCCGGUCUCCAGAUCUAUAAUCACAAACUGCCUGCGGUAAUCGAUCUCCCCAAAGUUGUGCCAUCUUAAAUCAUCAUUAAAUGUUUUUAAGACAUCUCGCCUACGCUUAUUGCCAAUGUCGAGUCAAUUUUCCGUCAUUUCUGCGUCUAUUUACAGACGAUGUUAAUGAGGCCUUGGGGAGGGGCGUGCACCUGUCCGUCACAACGAGGCUCCGCACAAUUCAACAUGGCGGCGACCAGGCUGGCUGCGGUGGUUCUCCUCGCUAGUCUUUCCAUCGGCUCGGCACAACAGCUACAACACCCGUCUCUCAACAUAGUGAUGGAGUGGGGUGAUAGACUGGAGGAGGAGCUCUACAACAUCGUCAGCAAAUACAGUGGAGUAGAGGAGCUGAAAAAUUUUUAUCGAGAUCACAAUGUGAACCUGAAUGUUGUGGAUGUAGAUGGGCAGGUACUGGUACAGCAAACAGCCAAGGAAAUCGAUGGCCUGCUCUCCAAGAAGAUGAAGGCCUUAGAGACUGUGGUAAGCGCAGCAGAAGACUUGGCCCUGAAUUACACCUAUGACCCAGACCUGGCGAUAGAGGAUGUCCACUGGUAUGAUGCCAAAAACCUUGCUGAUGGAGACCCCAUCCUAACGUACGACCCACAGUUCAGGAAACCCAUCAACCGUACCUACAGUGCCAUCCAUCUGCCAACAGAUAUCUGGAAGGGAGACCCCAAGAUUGCCAAUGAGCUGAAAUGGUCAGACAAGCUGGAUGAAGUGUUCUAUGCCAACACAGUAGAGGACCCAGGUUUGCUGUGGCAGUACUUUGGCAGUAGCCAAGGACCCUUUAGAGACUACCCAGCCUUCCAGUGGGAGAGUCCUGGGACAGUAGACCUGUUUGAUGUCAGGAGAAGGCCAUGGUACAUCCAAGGUGCCAGUUCAGCAAAAGAUAUGAUGAUCCUAAUUGACAAUAGUGGAAGUGUCCACGGUUUGACCCUCACCCUCAUCAAGAGGUCGGUACAGGAACUACUCAAGACACUAGGAGAAAAUGACUUUGUCAAUAUGGCAUGGUUCAACACAGAGGCACAUUAUGUCAGCUGCUUUGACACCUUUGUCCAGGCCAAUGUACGCAACAAAAAGGUUCUGGAAGUUGCUGUCCUGGAGAUUGGUGAUGGAAACAUGUCUGACUUUGGAAAGGGCUUGGAGUUUGCAUUCAGAGCUUUUGACGAUUUCAAUGCAACCCAUACCAGCCAGGGUGCCAGGUGUAACAAGAUCAUCAUGCUUUUUACUGAUGGUGGUACCGAGAGACCUGUGGAGGUCUUUGAGAAGUAUAACAAGGACAGAGAUAUCAGAAUAUUCACCUAUGCAGUUGGCCCUCCUGCUUACUCAACCAGUGCACUUAAGUGGAUGGCAUGUGAAAAUAAAGGUUAUUUCUUAGAGAUCCCAGCAGUGGGGGCCAUAAGACAGCAGACACAGCACCUCUGCCCUCUAUGCCACCAGGACUAUGUAGCUGUACUGAGUAGACCCAUGGUGUUAUCAGAGGAAAAACAGUUUAUGUGGACAAACAUCUACCUGGAUGCUAUGGGCAUGGGCAUGAUGACAACUAUCACUCUUCCUGUCUACAACAAGUCAUUAGGAAGCCAGGAGAUUCUAGGAGUAAUGGGCACAGACAUCACGCUGGCACAGAUCACCAAAUUCAACCCCAACAGGGAGGUUGGACCCACAGGUUAUACUUUUGCCAUCAACCCCAAUGGCUACAUACUCUUCCAUCCCAGCCUUAAAAGCCAGGAGCAAACUUAUUCAUCGUUUUCUGAGAAAGCACGGCUAGAGUAUAGGCUGGGUUACCUGUCAGAGCCACCUAAUGUUGAUUUCCUGGAGGUGGAACCAGACAACCCCAGUAAGGAAGAAGUGAGGAAAAACAUGAUUGAUCGAGCAUCAGGAGCAGUGACUAUAGAGACUUUUGUCAGGUCACAAGAUGAGAGAUACGUGGACCUUGUGAACAGGACAUACAUCUACGGUCCCAUGAACAGCACCAUAUUCAGCCUUGGAUUGGUGCUGCCGGAAUACAGACAGAAGAGGAUAGAAGUAGAGAACAUUGACAUACCAACAGGUCGUGAUUACUUACAAACACAGCGCUCUGCACUCUUCAUUGCACCAUGGAAUUUCUGUGAUGAUGUUCUGACAAAUGCCAGCCAUGCUGACUUCCUACAAGACAUCCUGGAGAAACUGAGUGGCUUUGACUUCCCAGCUGAAUGUGAUGAGCCCAGGCUGAAGCACUUGCUGCUAGACACUAUUGUCACCGAGAGGCUGGCAGAAUUCUGGAAUAACAAAGCUGUAGACUUCAAGAGUCAAGACCUAGAGUCAUGCAGUAAUACCGGUAAUGCAUGUAAUGCUACAUGUAGCAAUGCUCGAUAUAAUGCGAGUGAUGGUAUCGUGGCGACUUUUGUAUCAACAGAAGGUGGAAUCACCAGGGUCUUUCCUGAGAGCGAAUGUCAGGACUUUGAGGAUAGGAGGGACACUUGGCAGCAGACCUUCUUCAGGAGAUCUCUUGACAAUAAUUACUUCAUCUACUCAGUGCCUUACAAUUCUGACCACCAGAACUGGCCAGUGAAUUACACCAUCAUGGCCACCUCCUCUGUCACUCUUAACGACAUGGGUGGCAUUAAACCAGCAGUUGUUGGAGUGAAGCUUGACCCAGAAAUCAUAUUGGGCACCAUGUUGCACAUCACAGAUCAGUGUCCUGGAGGACCGGCUUGUUCAGACGGAGUUAGCAAGAGUUGCAGAGAUAGUGAGGUAAGUCUUGGGACUUGCCAUUACUGA